GUUUCCGUUGCAAUUUUGACUUAACCUACAAUUACAAAUAUUACGAUUCGUGUUACCACUUACUAGUGAUUCAGUACUAUAUAACCUUACGAUUGAAGGCGAACCGGUGAAACAUACCGAAAAUGUGUCAAAUAAAAUUUUAAAUAGUUAAUAUAUAAGUAUACAGAAUUGAUAAAAACAAGAAAAAAAGGUUAAGGUAUCACCGGUAUCACCAUCCGACAACAUAACCCCAAAAUUGAUAUUUAACUAUCUAAUCUAUCUAAUAAAUGUAUAUUUGUAUAAAUUGUGGAGCUGAAUGCAAAGAGCUUUUUCGGAGAUAUUGCCCCAGUGUCCUUAAAAUAUUAAAAUGUGAGAAAUGUGGAUUGUUAGCCGACAAAUACAUCGAAUACGAUCCAGUUGUAGUCUUUGUAGAUUUGAUUUUGAUAGAAAAACAAGCUUAUAGACAUCUUCUGUACAACAGUAAUUUUAAAUCAUAUUGGAAGAUAGGUAUAACAUUAUGGUUGGCCGAAUCGUUCAGGGCUUGGUCCUUUUGCGACGAGAUAGAAUCAACUGCGUCAGAAGUGAACUUAGUUCAUAAAAAUGCAUUACAAGACCAUUGCAAUAUUUACAAUUUUCUGGCACACACAGCACUCGCUUUUAUAGCAUUUAUUUGUACAGUUAUUGUAACGACAGAGUUAAAAUGGUUUAUUAUUGGCAAAAAACCAUACAAAUACAGCGUAAAAGAUUUAAGUCGCGCUCUAAUAAUUGGAGGUUGUGGUAAAUUAUUGGGAUUUCUGGGAAUAGUGUGGCGGCAUAUAGCUUCAGGUCCAUACUACCUUCUUAUUCAAGGAUACACCGUUUUAUGUCUCUUAACUGCUUACUCAGUCGUCUGCAAAAGUGGAAGGGGAGGAUCUUUGAUUGGAUUAAUUGCUGGAUUUUUACUGUAUGGUUAUAUAUGUACUUCAAUUCCUAAAUUGCACCUAAAUAUUCCCAAUAUCACACUAACAUGACAUAAAAUACCUAAUAAAACCACACAGUUUUUGAUGUUCAAGCAUCUUUAACGGGAAGAACACUCCAACCUAAUACUAGUCUAUCGAAACCACAAGAAAAUAAAUUACACACAUUGCUAUCUUCCAACCAAGCAACGGAGCACACCAUUCUACGAUGGCCCUGCAAAUAAAAUAUGGUGGUAUACAAUACACCAGUAAAUGUUACUAAUUUAGCCAACUAAUUGUAAAGGUAAAUUUGUAUAUAAUUAUAAAAAUGUAAUAUUUCCUUA